GGAAACAGAAAAACACCAAAACAAAACUUGCAAACGCAUAAACACACCUGAGGGAAACAUCUGAGACUCACCAGGACACCUGGCACCGUUCAGACUCUGUUUUCUGGGGAAACAAACAUGAGCCACGUCGACGUGAAGAACAUGAAGCCCACCAGCUUCGAGGACGAAUAUUACGAUGAAUAUGAAUAUUACAACCUGACAGACAAAUACACAGAGGGUUCGGCCCGGAAAGGCAGAACCAAGAAGGAGGCCAGCGAGAACACCAACAGACCGAACCCCGGAGGACACGAGCGAAAGAUCGUGGAGAAACUGCAGAACAGCGAGAAGAAAGCCAAGGAGUGAACCUUGAGGGCAUCUCGGACGGAUCAUCCGGACUUCGACCUCGGCCUCCUUUGGCGACAGAUCGAGGAGUGACUUUGAGCUCCGACGGCGAGUUUGAACCCGACGAGGCCCGAACAUCCAGCUGCUGCAGCGUCGCCUCGGUGAUGAGAAGCCUCACCUGUAUGGAGAUCACCUGUCCGACCAGGACGGUGCACUGAGACUGAGCUGGAAGCAGCUCCUGUGGUUUAACAUGGAUUCUUACUAAUAAAAUGCUUUUAAAUGA